UGUUUUUAGCUUAGCUGGUACACACGAGUGAAAUUGUAGCCGAGAAAAACAAUAAGUUUAACCUUAUUUUUUCUAAACAUUGCUUUUCUUCAAACAUUCACGCAGACGUCCAGUCCCUCGUUAUACUUUUGAAAUUGCCUUACUGCCAUGCCAGUGCACCGUGACCGGGAGAAGAAGGAGAAUACGGCAGAGGAGAUGGAUGUUGAAGAGCAGGAGCAUGAGGCCUCCAGCUCAGAGGAGGAGGACUCUGAUACCUCCUCUGUCUCUGAGGAUGGAGACAGUUCUGAAAUGGAUGAAGAAGACUGUGAGCGGAGAAGGAUGGAGUGUCUGGAUGAGAUGUCCAACCUAGAAAAACAGUUCACAGAUCUCAAAGACCAGUUGUAUCGUGAGCGACUCAGUCAGGUGAACAGCAAGCUGGCAGAGGUGGAGGCUGGCCGGGCAGCAGAAUAUCUUGAGCCUCUUGCGGUACUGCUGGAGAACAUGCAGGUCCGCACCAAGGUGGCAGGUAUCUACAGAGAGUUGUGCUUGGAGUCUGUGAAGAACAAGUAUGACUGUGAGAUCCAGGCUGCAUGCCAACACUGGGAGAGUGAGAAGCUGCUGCUGUUUGAUACAGUGCAGAGCGAACUGGAGGAGAAAAUUAGAAGACUGGAGGAGGACAGGCACAGCAUAGAUAUCACAUCAGAGCUGUGGAAUGAUGAGUUGUCAGGGAGGAAAAAGAGGCGUGAUGCUCUAAGUCCAGAUAAGAAGAGGAGACGACCUUCUGUGGUGUCUGGUCCCUAUAUCGUCUACAUGCUGCCUGAUCUGGACAUUCUGGAGGAUUGGACAGCUAUCAGAAAGGCCGUGGCUACACUGGGUCCCCACAGAGGAAAGACCGACUCUGAGAGCUCCGUGUUCCCGUUCAGACCAGACAGAAACAGGCCCAUCCUCAACUGCUGAGACACACACAUGCAGCCACACAGACCUCAAACACAUGCUCAAUACUGACACACAUACAGUACAUUUGACACACACGGAAGCAUUCGCUUCUACAAUCAGAAAAACUCACACACACACACACACACACACACACACAGCUGAACAUUUCUCUGAAGCCUCUGCACUCUGCUAAAAGUGACCACAACUCUGCCUGUCGGCGACACCAGUCGGUAAGCUGCCUGUCAUCCCAACAGUCACCCACAACAAGGACUCAGGAGUUUAAAACCCUUUAAAGGACAAAUAGGAAUAGAAGCACAAUUGAUCCCCAAUGACUUUGGAUGGUAAACAAUGUUAUGUCAGUGCCUGUGUUUUUACAGCAUGCAAACUCAGUUUUCAAGUGUUUGCAGCAAUGUAUUGACCCAUUUCUAAAGCGGUUUUGAAAAACCAUGGAUUGUUCAAACUGGCAGGGCACAAUCAUUCUGUGCUCAGUGACAAGUUCAAGGAAAUGGUUUUGCGUCACAGUUAUCAGUGUGUAUUAUUGUAAGCAGUGAUAUUUUUAGGCUUAAAGGUUAUUGAUAAGCCUUUCAGUGAUACAAGAGGAAAAUACAGGUUUAUCUAUAAACCACUGUGCCAUGAAAUAGUUUGAAUAUUUUUUUUUACUUUUUUUUUAUGUGACUCAGUCUAAAUAUCAGACCUUUCUGUUAUGUUUGAAUAGUUAGGUGGUGAUGAUAUUACAUCUGUAUAGUUUUCUGUUUUGGAGAGCAUCCAGUUGUUAAGGAGCUGUUUCACAAUUAUGUGUGUGGACAUGUGACCAAGUCAGUUUAGUCAAUACAUUCAGAGAGGAGUUAAGAGCUCUUGCAGAACUAUCAGUGAACUCCUUUAGACCACUAACUCUUGUUGGCAACAUUAAGCAGUGAUAAGAAUAUAACAAAAAGCAGGUGCUAUUUCAGUCGAUCCUAUUAUAUAGAGCAUAUACAGUGUUAAUGGAUAUCUGAGCAUUGGAAUAGUUUUGUUCCUCACCAAAAUCUUUCAGACUUUUUUGUGUUUCUGUCAGCAUAGCUUGUUCUUUUCAUGUGACUAGUCAAUUAAAGCUCAGUUACUCCUCUCCUUAUUUUCGACCACACAACGGCAGCCUGUAGUCACAGUAACAAAACAAGGGCCACAUGUGGUGUCAACAACUUCUUAUUGGAUAAAUUACGAUGAUAUAAAGUUGUUAUUUUUCAAGUAUUGUUACAUUCUUUACUUUCACAUCUACCUCUUGUGUCUUCUGGGUCACGCGCUCCUAAAAUUACAUUGCAUUAUUACUGAUAAACAUCUAAAUGCUGCCAUCUUUAUGACCAUCCAGAGAAUAGUUGAUUUUGUUGGUUCAGUGUUUUACAUGUUUUUAUGGCUGUUUAGGUUUAGAGCUUUUUUCAAGCCUACAGUGACAAUGGCUAAUUGUGUACACGGGGAAGACCCAGUACAACAUCCUGUCAAUCAUACCACAGUUGUUAGUCUUCGCACAAACAACCCAUUGUUUAUAGAGAAUGAUGAACAAAAAACUGCCAUUUGAUAGUGUUGGUUUAAUGUGUUUUUUGAAGAUUAAUGUUGUGGGCAUGUUAAAUAUUCAAACUGAUAUUUUUUGACAGUUUAUUUUAAGUAAUGUGUCAGGUACAUUUGUAUCUUGUUAAUUAUGUGAAUGGGUUUUACAAUUAAAAGUUGUUUUGUAAGGA